CCGGCCGCAUCCCGGAUGAUUGUAAAGUGAUGAUCAGUUGCCACCAGAUAUAAUUGAAACAGAAAAUAGGAAGAUGGCAGCAAAUCCUUCAGGACAAGGUUUUCAAAACAAAAAUAGAGUUGCAAUCUUGGCAGAACUGGACAAAGAGAAAAGAAAAUUACUCAUGCAAAACCAAUCUUCAACAAAUCAUCCUGGAGCUAGCAUUGCCCUCUCCAGACCCUCUCUCAACAAGGACUUCCGGGACCACGCUGAGCAGCAGCACAUUGCAGCCCAACAGAAGGCGGCUUUGCAGCAUGCUCAUGCCCAUUCAUCUGGAUACUUCAUAACGCAAGACUCUGCAUUUGGGAAUCUUAUUCUUCCUGUGCUACCACGCCUUGACCCAGAAUGAAGGAAGUAUCCGUCAUGAAAGGGUCUUUGUGACAACAAAUGUCAAAGUACUCUAAUUCAGCUCUGUACAAACUGACUCCAGAAUUUUGGUGAACUUAAAUAUGUUUUUGUUUCUGUAAAAGAAAGGUAUGUGUAAGUGACAGCGUGACGAGGAGGAGAGUCAGGAUAACCAGCACGCUGGAAGCUGUACCGUAUCCUUGAAGAACUGAUUAGGAUGGCUGUGUCGCCAUUGAUUUUUGAUUCUUAAUCAGAUGGAAUUGAACAGUCCUGUGAAAUCAGCCAUCAUGCCCCACGCGUUGGAUUGAAUAUAUCAUGUCCAUAAUAGCAGUCAAGAACCGUUUAUUUACAGGCUGGCCAUGAAGCCUGGGUUUGACCUUCAGCCCACAUAACCCAAGUAUGGCCGCACACUCCUGUCAUGCCCGCACUCAGGAAGCAGGAGGAUCAGAAGUUGAAGGUCAUUUUUAGCUACAUAGUUCAAGGCCAGCCCUGGAUACAUGAGGCCCUGUCUUAAAAAAUGUCUUUAAAGAAAUGAGGAUGUAUCUUAGUAAUCCAAAUGAUAGGCUUAAAUUACAUGCAUACAUAUUUGCAGUUUAGAAGGGUUAUGCCAGUGUACUAGAGUCACAAUUUCCAUAAAUGUUCUUUGUGAACUCAUGACUAGUUCUUGUCUCAAUAACCCAAAACAAAACUAAAUUACCAACCAGUCUUAAACAUAUUUUACGAAUAAAUACCAUUAUAAAUGACGUACCUAAAUGCUGUUAUGAAAACCAUCUAAGUAAUGUAGUGGAUUUAAAUUUACACAUCCUAGCCGGUGUGGUGCAUGCCUUUAAUCCCAGCACUCGGAAGGUAGAGAAAAGGAUCACUGUGAGUUCAAGGCCACCCUGAGACUACAUGGUAAUUCCAAAUCAGCCUGGGCUAGAAUGAGACCUUACCUUGAAAAACAAAAGCAAACAAAAUUUAUGUCCUUAUUUAGUGUUACUAUAUAAAUGGUGUGCCUGAGUACUUUCUUUGUUCAUUUUUAUCUAAUUAAAAGCUUAACAUUAUGUGAA